GAGCAGAGGAAGAGGGCGGGCUUCAAUGACUGUGUUGAACAGCGGCCAGCAGGCUGACUGUGAGAGCGGACACCAUGGAGGACAGACGUCUGCUGGCUCUGACCUCUCUGAUCGUCUACACAGCAGCGCUUCCAGCUCUGGUCCCUGUUUCAGCGUUCUCAGCAGGACUGACUGUGAGUCCCAGCAGGUCUCAGUUCCUUCAAGGAGACUCAGUGUCUCUGAGCUGUGAGGAGGACGGAUGGACAGUUUGGAGGAAGACCAGCAGGAGACAGAGGAGUUCAUGUGGAGACAUGUGGGGAAAACCUGCUGGUUCCUCCUGUAGAAUCAUCUACAUGUUGACCAGAGACAGUGGAGUUUACUGGUGUGAGUCCAGAGAGGGAGCAGCUGGAAGCAGCAUCAACAUCACUGUAGCUGAUACAGUGGUCCUCCAGAGUCCAGUCCUCCCUGUGAUGGAGGGACAGGACGUCACUCUGGGUUGUAGAACCAGCGCUCCCUCCACCCUCUCAGCUGAGUUCUUUAAAGACGGCGUCUCCAUCGGGACCGAGUCCACAGGUCACAUGACCCUCCGCCAUGUUUCCCGCUCUGCUGAAGGCCUCUACAGGUGUAGCUUCAGAGGUGUUGGAGAGUCUCCACCCAGCUGGAUCUCUGUCUCAGCAGGAACCCUGAAGGCUCGGCAGCAGAACCUGAAGUCACCUACAGCGACGUCAACAUCCUGCAGCGUCAGCAGCAGCCGGUCAGACGGAGCAGAGAUGUGGAUCCAGUGUAUUCAGAUGUCAGAGUUCCAGAUGUUUCUUACGGACAAAUAG